AUGAUGAACCAAUUUGGACUCGUAGCGAUUACCUCCGUACUAGUGGUGAUUUAUCAUAACUAUCUUGGUCCACAGCAGCCUCGAGACUGGAUAACACCUUUGCAUCUUAAGCUCACAUACUUUACUGGCCCUGGUCGUGCUGAACUGUCACGUUUGAUUCUGUCGGCCGGCAAUGUGCCCUAUGAGGACGAACGUUUGGACCGUAAUGCCUUCUUGGCCAUUAAGCCAACACUACCCCUCGGGCAGGUGCCAGUACUGAAUGUAGACGGAACCAUGUAUAGUCAGAGCAUGGCUAUAGCUCGAUAUGCUGCUAAGCUCAGCGGCUUGUACCCACAGGAUCCCCUCGAUUGUCUACGCGUGGAUAUGGUGUCUGAGUCGCUUAUUGAUAUUAAGACGCUUAUCUCGGACAUUACCUACCGUACACCGGAUGAAGCCACUAAGGCUGAGAAGACUACAAAGCUGCUUGAGGAAAGUGUGCCUAAGACUUUGAACUUGCUUGAGGGGUUAGUGCAGGGCUUUUUCUUCCUGGGCGACAAAAUGACGUAUGCAGACUUGCAACUAUUUGACCUUGUGAAGAAUGAACUGAGCAACUAUGCGGGGUUUUCCUUGGAGACGUAUCCGAAGCUUACGGCGCUCGUGGCCAGAGUAAGGAACAACGCCAAUGUAGCGGCUUAUUUGGCCAGGCACUAA